UCUCGGCAGUGUGUAGUGUAGUGGCAGCCCAGUCCCAGUUUCAGCCUCAGUCUACAUAUUUACUCACUACUCAGUCUCCCAACUCCCGAUACCCAAUACAAACCCAGUUCUCAGUCUAGUGCUUCUUAAGUUCGGUAUAUUAUCAAUUGUAACGACAUCUGGGAGUUCUCCGCUUGGUAAAUUAAAAAACCGGUUCUUGCACCUGAUUACUGUUUAUAUGUACUAAUAAAUACUUCUUGUGGAGAGAAUAAUUCAUAUUUUUCUAUUAAAAAUCGUGUUUAAUAACACAAGUAUUGAUAAAAAUGGGAGAACUUGAGUUACUGAGAGAGAAAAUUGGAUUAAGUGAGUCGAAAGCCAAGGAAACGUUGAAAAAUGCUCAAGUUACUAAGAACUUACUCGCUUGUAUUGCUGAGGCUGAUAAAUUUGGAAAACUCGAUAAAGACUCAGGAAUUUUAUUAUAUCAUUUGGCUUCCAAGAUCAAAGCUCAGAUAAUUGACAAGCUGGGUUUUGUUACUGAGUAUAUUGUCAAUAAAAAGCUGGACACUACUCAGCGGGUUGAAGCCGCGUUGGCCUACUUGUUGAGCAACAUCCGCGACAAUGUUAAUAUUCGAGAGUUCGAAGAAGCUUGUGGUGUUGGGGUUGUUGUCACUCCGGAACAGAUUGAAGCCGCGGUUGAGAAAGCUAUUAAGAAUCACUUAGAUGAUAUUAAAGAACAAAGAUACCGAUUCAAUUCAGGUUUAUUGAUGGCAGAAAUAAGGGCUGAGUUAAAGUGGGCGAGCGGUGAAUCUGUAAAAAAUGAAAUUGGAGUUCAAAUGAUUGAUAUUCUUGGGCCCAAGACUGCUGAAGAUGAAGCUCCAGUUGGUAAAAAUCAAAAGACAAAAGCUAAAGCCGCUGAUAAAGCGAAAGCUAAAAGUAUAAAAAAAGAUGACAAAAAUGACAAAGGUACUAAAAUUAAUUGA